AUGAUGACCAAACCAUUUGGAAAGAAUGGAGAUGUCAGUGAGCUGGUGAGCUCCCUCGGCUGGCUGGAGGAGGAUGGUAGCUCCCAGGAUGGAGAAGAAAGCCCGGAGAUGAUGGGACACCAUGGCCUGAAUGCAGGGAUUCACUCCUGCACAGAAUUGGGUAGUGAGGAUAUAGAGGAGGAAGAGGAAGAGGAUGAUGAGGAGGAGAUUGGACUAAAUGGAGAAAAUGCUCCCAAAAGGAGAGGCCCUAAGAAGAAGAAGAUGACCAAAGCUAGACAGGAGAGGUUUCGUGCCCGGCGGAUGAAGGCCAAUGCCAGAGAACGCUCACGCAUGCACGGCCUGAACGAUGCCUUGGAAAGUCUGCGCAGAGUGAUGCCCUGCUACUCCAAGACACAAAAGCUGUCAAAGAUUGAGACUCUCCGGCUGGCCCGCAACUACAUCUGGGCUCUGUCAGAAGUGCUUGAGAGUGGCCAGUCCACAGAAACCCAUGGCUUUGUAGAGAUGCUGUGUAAAGGUCUGUCUCAGCCCACCAGUAACCUAGUGGCUGGCUGCCUGCAGUUGGGACCCUCUUCUAUGAUACUCAACAAGCUGGAGGACAAGUGUGGAGGCCCAGUAUUGGGUGGUGUGGGGGCUCAGGGUGGCCAUCCCCUCAGCUACCCAUCCCCAGGCCUUCCUAGCCCCCCUUAUGGCUCCUUGGAGGCAUCCCAUCUCCUCCAUAUGAAGGGAUUCAAGGGGUCAGCCUAUGACAACCCCUCCCCUAACGAGUGCAGCAGCGGCACCCCACCAUACGAUGGUCCCCUCACUCCCCCCCUCAGUAUCAGUGGCAACUUUGCCCUGAAGCAGGAGCCUUCUCCCCAUGACUCAGAGAGGAACUACACAACCCACCCAGGCCACCAUGCCCAUUACCUCUCGUCCCACCAUUAUGCCACCUCCACGCCUGGUGGCCUAACAGGGGGGCCUCAGGGCCACCCACUCUUUCAGGCAUCACGCUAUGAGCUGCCCCUAGAUGUGGCCUUUGACCCCUUCACUCCCUCUCACCUGGUCUCCUCUCAGAUGGGCAGCAUCUGA